UCUCUCUCUCUCUCUCUCUCUCUCUCACAUAAAUUUUUAUAGUUGCUUUUCUUUCUCUCUCUUCUGCAACUUAGAGAGAGAAUCAAUCAGAUCAUAUAGUUUCCUAGAUUUUCCCACUCUUUCCCGCACUUUCUCGCCCCGAUUUUCUCUCUCAGACAAACACGCACGCACGCACUCACACACGCAGCUCCCACCUCCACCUCUCAUAGACUCUGAUAGACCUCUCUCUCUCUGUGUCGCUCAGUGGAGCUUGCUUUUUUGUUCUUUGCUCUUCUUUCUUCGAUCGAAUCUCUUUCCAUAUCCAAAGAAAACCGAUAAACUGACUCUGCUUCUUCUACGGUUUUCCACUUCCACUUUCACGAGCUGUACUUGAAUUCAGGAGCACCGGUUAAUGGUACGGUUACUGUGAAGCCGUAACCGCACCGAAUUGGAGGAGCUAAGUAGAAUGCUCGAUUCGGAGGCUCGCCCGAGGAUUUAGGGCAGAGUGAGUGUGUGUAUGAAUUUCGAGGGCGAGUUCAAUGAAUUGGUGAAUGGAAGCUUGUGAUUUUGAGAAUGGCUGAGUCAAAGAGUUGUACUGGUUGUUGUUGUUGUUGUGGUGGUGGUUGUGAUAGUGUUGGUGGUGGAGUUUAGGUUUUACAGUUCUUGCGUGAAUGUCACGGACUGAUAGGAUGGCUUCGGAUCUUAGCAGAACUGGACCAGUCGAAAGAGACGUCGAGCAGGCCAUUACUGCUUUAAAGAAAGGGGCAUACUUGCUUAAGUAUGGAAGAAGGGGGAAGCCCAAGUUUUGCCCAUUCCGGCUUUCCAAUGAUGAGUCUGUUUUGAUAUGGUUCUCAGGGAAAGAGGAGAAGCAUCUUAAACUAAGUCAUGUCUCUAAAAUUAUUUCUGGACAGCGCACUCCAAUCUUUCAAAGGUAUCCACGGCCUGAGAAGGAAUAUCAGUCAUUUUCUCUCAUAUAUAAUGAAAGAUCACUAGAUCUGAUUUGCAAGGAUAAAGAUGAAGCUGAAUCAUGGUUUAGUGGUUUGAAAGCCUUAAUUUCACGUAGUCAUCACCGGAAAUGGAGAACAGAAUCAAGGAGUGAUGGGAUUCCUUCCGAAGCAAAUAGUCCUAGAACAUACACACGAAGAAGUUCUCCUCUGAAUUCUCCAUUUGGUAGUAAUGACAGCCUGCAGAAGGAUAGUGGAGAUAACCUUCGUCUUCAUAGUCCGUAUGAAAGCCCCCCCAAGAAUGGUCUGGAUAAGGCAUAUUCUGAUGUGAUAUUGUAUACUGUUCCUCCCAAAGGUUUCUUCCCUUCAGAAUCUGCUAGUGUUUCAGUACAUUCUUUGUCAUCUGGAGGCUCAGAUAGUGUACAUGGCCACAUGAAGCCAACGGCAAUGGAUGCUUUUAGAGUUAGUCUCUCGAGUGCGGUUAGCUCAUCAAGCCAAGGUUCUGGUCAUGAUGAUGCUGAUGCCUUGGGGGAUGUUUUUCUUUGGGGGGAAGGCACAGGGGAUGGUGUUCUUGGAGGUGGAAUUCAAAGGGUUGGGAGUUAUUUUGGUGUCAAAAUGGAUUCUUUGUUGCCUAAAGCCUUAGAAUCUGCAGUAGUACUUGAUGUCCAGAACAUUGCCUGUGGUGGACGACAUGCUGCCUUAGUAACCAAGCAAGGAGAGAUUUUCUCCUGGGGGGAGGAAUCUGGAGGUAGGCUUGGGCAUGGAGUAGAUUCUGAUGUUGUUGAGCCAAAGCUAAUUGAUGCCUUAAGUAGUAAUAACAUUGAGCUUGUAGCUUGUGGUGAGAACCAUACGUGUGCUAUAACAUUUUCUGGUGAUUUGUACACGUGGGGUGAUGGCACGUACAAUUUUGGCCUUCUUGGGCAUGGAAAUGAAGUGAGUCACUGGAUCCCAAAAAGAGUAAUUGGGCCCUUGGAGGGCAUACAUGUCUCAUCAAUCUCUUGUGGACCCUGGCACACGGCUGUUGUGACCUCUGCUGGACAAUUGUUUACUUUUGGUGAUGGCACAUUUGGUGUUCUGGGCCAUGGAGAUCGGAGAAGUGUUUCAAUACCAAGGGAAGUAGAAUCCCUUAAGGGGCUCCGCACUGUCCAAGCAGCUUGUGGUGUUUGGCAUACAGCUGCUGUUGUAGAAGUCAUGGUUGGGAAUCCUAGUUCCAGCAACUGCUCUUCAGGGAAGCUGUUUACUUGGGGGGAUGGGGAUAAAGGUCGACUUGGGCAUGGUGACAAGGAAGCAAAACUUGUGCCUACCUGUGUUGCUGCCCUUGUUGAUCCCAACUUUUCUAAAGUUGCCUGUGGACAUAGUCUGACUGUUGCCCUUACAACCUCGGGUCAUGUAUAUACAAUGGGCAGUCAUGUUUAUGGCCAGUUGGGGAACCCCCAAUCUGAUGGAAAAUUCCCUACUCGUGUUGAAGGAAAGCUUUCCAAGAGUUUUGUAGAGGAGAUAGCUUGUGGUGCUUAUCAUGUUGCAGUUUUAACUGCAAGAACAGAAGUCUAUACUUGGGGCAAGGGAGCAAAUGGUCGUUUAGGUCAUGGGGAUAUAGAUGAUAGGAAUUCCCCUACAUUAGUAGAAGCUCUAAGAGAUAAGCAAGUCAAAAGUAUUGCCUGUGGUACUAAUUUUACCGCUGCUAUCUGCCUUCAUAAGUGGGUCUCAGGUGUUGACCAGUCUAUGUGUUCUGGCUGCCGCCUUCCAUUUAAUUUCAAAAGAAAACGUCACAAUUGUUACAAUUGUGGACUUGUUUUUUGUCAUUCUUGCAGUAGCAAGAAGUCUCUUAAGGCGUCUAUGGCACCAAAUCCGAACAAACCUUAUCGUGUCUGUGAUAGUUGUUUUAACAAACUGAGGAAAACGAUUGAAGGUGAUGGCUCAUCUCAUUCUUCUGUGAGCAGAAGAGGAAGUAUCAAUCAAGGUUCACUCGAGUUUACUGAAAAAGAUGAGAAGUUGGAUACCAGAUCUCGUGUGCAACUUGCAAGAUUUUCUUCGAUGGAAUCCUUGAAGCAAGUGGAAAGCCGAUCUUCUAAAAAAAACAAGAAACUAGAAUUUAACAGCAGUCGUGUCUCACCUGUUCCAAAUGGAAGUUCCCAGUGGGGACCACUUAAUAUUUCUAAAUCUUUUAAUCCUGUAUUUGGGUCAUCUAAGAAGUUUUUCUCAGCCUCUGUUCCUGGAUCAAGAAUUGUUUCUCGAGCAACAUCCCCAAUAUCAAGGCGGCCCAGCCCCCCUCGUUCAACGACUCCAACCCCUACUCUAGGAGGACUUACCUCACCAAAGAUUGUUGUGGAUGAUACUAGAAGGACAAAUGAUAGCCUUAGCCAGGAGGUUAUUAAAUUAAGAGCACAGGUGGAAAAUCUCACUCGCAAAGCACAACUUCAAGAAAUUGAGCUGGAUAGAACAACCAAACAGCUAAAAGAAGCAUUAGCAUUUGCAGAGGAUGAAGCUGAAAAAUGUAGAGCAGCAAAGGAUGUAAUCAAAUCACUUACAGCCCAAUUGAAGGACAUGGCUGAAAGGCUGCCUGUGGGAGCAGCUCGGAAUACCAAAUCACCUUCUCUUUCUUCCUUUGGCUCCAGCCCUGCUUCCAACGAAGUUUCUAAUGCUUCUAUUGACCGAAUGAAUGGUCAAGCAGUGUUCCAAGAACCAGACUCAAAUGGAUCAAACAACCAGUUGCUUUCUAAUGGAUCAACCACCAACAGUAAUCGUAAUUUAGGUCAUAACAAACAAGCCCAUUCUGAUGCAACGACUAGAAAUGGAGGCAGAGUGAAAGAAAGUGAAUCUCGCCUUGACAAUGAAUGGGUUGAGCAAGAUGAGCCUGGUGUAUAUAUUACACUAACCUCCUUACCCGGAGGAGUCAAGGAUCUCAAGCGAGUUCGCUUCAGUCGGAAGCGGUUUAGUGAGAAACAAGCAGAACAAUGGUGGGCAGAGAACCGGGAUAGAGUAUACAAACAAUACAAUGUGCGUAUGGCUGACAAGUCAAAUGUUGGUGUUGGGAGUGAGGACUUGUCUCAUUGACAUAUUGAAACAAUCAUCUGUAAAUGAAAUGGUAUUUUCCAGAUUACAGCUUGACUUACUGAGAGGCCAUACUAAUUGAUUAGUUUUGGCUUCCAUCUGCUAUAGAAUUAGUUGGAUGGAAGCAAGGUUUGGUAUAAGGAGAGAAUUAGAGGGGUUUGAUUGUGUUUUUGUAUGUCCCCUUUUUUUCUUUGAUAUUUUUUUCUACUUGAUUUUACUUGCCAUUUUUUCCCUAUAUGUGCCUUUGUGUGGGGGUUGAGGGUGAGAAAUGUAAAUUCCUAUAGUAGGUUGCUGGCUCUUGUGGCUGCUAUGUAAAUUCCAUAAGUGAAUGUAUCUGCAGAUUUUUUUUCCCCUUUACGGUUUAUAAAUUCAUUCAAGCCAUAUUAAAGGCA